AUGGGCUCUCUACCCAACUCAACCAACAAGUUCGACGUCCUCAUUCUAGGCGCAGGCCUCUCCGGCCUAUGCACCCUCUACCAUCUCAAACAGCGCUUUCCAGACUGGCGCAUCAAGGUCCUUGACGCUGCCCCCGACGUGGGCGGAACAUGGUACUGGAACUCCUACCCAGGAUGUCGCUUUGACUCGGAGUCACUUUCAUACUGCUUCUCGUUCGACAAAGAGUUGCUUGACGAGUGGCAUUGGAAAGAGGCCUUUUCUCCUCAACCUGAGACGCACAAGUACAUCACAUACUUUGCGGAGAAACAUAAUCUCUACAAAGAUAUCCAGUUGAAUACUAUUGUUACCAAGGCGACUUGGGAUGAGGAGGGACAUACUUGGACUUUUGUCGAUGAGACUGGGAACGAAUAUGUUUCCAACUUUUUCGUUAGUGGGUUAGGCUUUUUGUCUGCGCCGACCUUACCUGCUAUUGAGGGCAUUGAGGAUUUCAAAGGAACGCUGUUCCACACCUCCCGCUGGCCGAAGGAUCUCGAUAUCAGUCGGGACUUUGCCGGCAAGAAUGUUGGCGUCAUCGGUACCGGGGCAACUGGUAUCCAAACUAUAACAGCCCUAUCCAAAGAACCCAGCAUCAAGUCAGUCAGAGUCUUUCAACGCACAGCCAACUGGUCUGCACCGCUCCGAAAUUCCGAAAUCACACUCGAGGACAUGGCCGAGCAUAAGAAGAACUACGACAAGGUGUUCCAAAUUUGUUCUGAGAGCACAUCUGGUUUCGUGCACAAAGCCGACCCACGAAAGUCGCUCGAAGUUACUGAGGAAGAGCGUCUCGAGCUAUGGGAGAAACUGUACAAUGAACCUGGUUUUGGAAAGUGGCUAGGUGUGUUCUCGGACACAUACACCGAUCGUUAUGCGAACAGUCUAUACUCGAACUUCAUGGCGGACAAGAUCAGGCAGCGUGUCAACGAUCCUGCCGUUGCUGAGAGUCUUAUUCCCAAGAAUCAUGGUUUUGGAACGCGGAGGGUGCCGCUUGAGAGUGGUUACUUUGAGGCGUACAACAAACCCAACGUUCAUCUCGUUGAUUUGCAGAAAUCACCCAUUGAUCGCGUUACCCCAUCUGGAAUCUUGACCUCCGAUGGGAAGGAACGCAGACUCGACGUUCUGAUCUGCGCUACUGGCUUCAACGCCAUCACUGGCGCUUUCAGCGCUAUAGACUGGCAUGGCAAGGAUGACCGUCCAUUGAUCGCCACCAGCGACAGUCCCAAAGCCGACAGCGCAAUCUGGCUUGAUCAUCGACCACGAACAUUCCUCGGCCUUACGGUACCUUCCAUGCCGAAUAUGUUCAUGGUUCUUGGUCCUCACCAACCCUUCGGGAAUGCUACUCGCAGCAUCGAGCACGCUGUUCAGGUUAUCACGGACUUACUACAGUACUGUAAGGAUAACGGGUAUACUUCUGUUGAGCCUACUGAGGAGGCUGUCGAGAAGUGGACUGAGCAUGUCGUCAAGUGCAGUGAGAGUCAGACUUUGGUGAAUGAGAUUGAUAGCUGGAUGACGGGUGUGAAUAAGAAUGUCAAGGGCAAGAGUGUUAGAAGUGUUGCACGGUACAGUGGUAGUACGAUUGAGUACCGCCGACGAUGUAAUGAGGUUAAGAAGACGGGGUAUCAGGGUCUUUUGUUUUCUUAG